AUGCUAGAACAAUCUGGAUGCAUUGUUGGUGAUUGCCUCAAAAUUCACUGCGCCUUGAUCGUGACCAAGGAGCCACCAGUGAUUAAGGUCAUCUAUUGUGGCAAUGUCCAUCUGCCGCCAUCCAGCAUCAUAGAGAAGCUCCAGAAGUUGUUGGAGACACAGGAGUCAUGUGACAUUUGUAGUUCAAGGGAGGAGUUCCCUGCCCAUAAGCUCGUGAUGGCAAUGCAAUCACCGGUCUUCAAAGCAGAUAUCUAUGGCACGAUGAUGGAGAAGGAUAUAACUCGUACUGUCGUCCCUGAUAUGCAACCGUCUGUAUUUAGGGCUCUUCUCCAUUUCAUCUAUACCGAUUCGCCCCCUCUCUUGGGCAAUCUUGAUGGGAGUAACAGGAAAGAGAUGAUCAAGCAUUUGCUUGUUGCCGCAGACCGGUACGCCAUGGAAAGGCAGAAGCUAUUAUGCGAAAUCUCCUUGCGCAAAGUGCUUGAUGUCAAGACUAUGAUGAAUAUGCUAGAUUUGGCCGAUUGA